UCGAACACAUUUGUGCGCAGAGCUACCGGAAGGGGUCCGUCUAGGAAUUACUUCCUCCAUACAGCCAAAGACCGUACAGUAUUUAUUUUUUUGAAACUCUCUGAUACAGCUUCUCGCCGAACAUCCAACGAGAACGAGUCUGUUUAGUGUUGAAGAAACAGGGUGGUUGUUGUUCCUAAAAUAACGUUAACGUUUGUUGACGGCUGGCGCGAGCUCAAAACCACCAAACCAACAUCCUCAGGAUGGCGGAGGCGCCAGGUACUUCUAACGAGACGAUAACGGAGACCAUUCAAGUUGAAACACCGCCACCGCCCCAGCAGGAGGGACGUAGCCUGACCAUCAAGCUGAGGAAGAGGAAGACUGACAAGAAGGUGGAGUGGUCCAGCGACACAGUGGACAACGAGCAUCUGGGAAGGAGGUCCUCCAAGUGUUGCUGCGUCUACGAGAAACCCAAACAGUUCGGAGAGUCCUCCUCUGAAAGCGAGGGAGAUGACGGCGACGAAGGCUGUGGAAGUGCACACUGCAUUCUGGGACAUGGGAAAGACAGGCAUGGACACAGUGGAGGGGGCGGGGCGAGUACGGUGCCUCCCAGCUCCGGGGGAUCACACACCCACUAAUGAUUAGGAGUGGUGCUGAGGGAGGAGUGGAGCCUGGGGGUUCUUCUGUCUAUGACAACGACACAUUAUACUACUACACACGCUCUCAUUUAGUUCAGUCACUGCAGUACUGGGAGGAAAAGGAAGAGAUAGAUAAAGAUUAGGAGAGCGAGAACAAAGGAAACAACACAACCUGUUUGAGAAGAAAAAGGGGUGCUGUUGGGAGUAUAUUGUACAAUCAUUUUACUACUUUUUUUAUAAAGAAUACUUUUCCUUA